AUGGAUUUUACUUCUGCCGCCGAUAAAUUAUCUGUUGGUCAUCGUCAGUUUUAUGAAUUGCCAAAGCUUCCCGAUCUCAGUGACGUUGAUUCAACCGUUUAUCGCCUUACAAGUACUGUUAGAUCGAGUACAACCGAAAGUCAGAAAGACACUGAUAUAUCUGGUUUCGAGAAGACUGAAGAUUUCUUCGAUUAUAUAAAUAAGAAUGUUAUUGGCUAUAACAAAGUAUUUACAAGCGCCUUCGGUGAUCGACGGGUGGUUUAUUGUGACUAUAUUGCCUCCGGCCGUGCUCUAUCUUUCAUUGAGGACUUUAUUUACAAUGAAGUUCUCCCAAAUUACGGCAACACCCACACUAUGACCAGUGUCACUUCAGUUCAGACAACUAUGUUCCGUCAUGAGGCUAAAGACAUAGUCAGAAAUGCUGUUCGAGCAAGUGACUAUGAUGCAGUCUUUUUUGUUGGCAGCGGUUGUACUGGUGCUGUUCACAAACUCAUUCACAAUCUGCAUCUUGAAAAUCCUCCCAUAGUCAUUACCGGUCCUUUUGAACAUCACUCCAAUAUGCUUCCUUGGAGACAUUUAGCUGCAAAAAUAGUUCGUCUCAAAACAGACAAGUCAGGGAAUGUAUCCUAUAAAUAUCUUCAACAAGUUCUUAUAGAGGAGGAAAAGAAUGCCAAGAACUUGGGUUGUCAUAUAAUCGUAUGCCUAGCAGCCGCGUCAAAUGUAACCGGUAUCUUGAUUGACGUUGACAAGUUCUCCGCCCUUGUUCAUCGAUACGGUGGUUUAGUUUUCUGGGAUUAUGCAACCGCUGCUCCCUAUGUGAGAAUCGAUAUAAAUCCAGUUGUUGUGGGACCAGAUCGUGAUCUAGUGUAUAAGGAUGCUGUGUACUUUUCGAUUCACAAAUUUGUGGGAGGAGUCCAAACCCCUGGUAUACUAAUUGCAAAGAGAGUCCUAUUUAAGGCUGGUGAGAAACAUCCCGAUGGUUGUGGUGGAGGAAGUGUAUGUUUUGUUCGAAGAGAGCACCAGGUUUACUUGAAGGAUGUCGAGGAAAGAGAGGAGGGUGGAACACCUGCAAUUGUUGAAUCUAUUCGAGCUGGUUUGGCCAUGCAAUUAAAGGAGGCUGUCACUCCUGAAGUUAUCAUGGCUCGGGAAGAGGUUGUGGUCAAACGAGCGUGGGAACGUUUCAAGAAAUGCCCAACUCUUCUAGUAUUAGGGGGUACUGAGGCCCCACGCUUGCCCAUCUUCUCAGUGGUUAUACGUCACGUUUUUCCCGAUAUCACCUCUGAGGCUGGACGGAAUGGUGAACAGCGACCGUGCGAUCGACCCAUGUUUCUCCACCAUACCUUCGUGGCUGCUCUUCUCAAUGACCUCUUUGGAAUACAGUGUCGGUCGGGUUGUGUCUGCGCAGGGCCCUAUGCUAUGGAUCUCCUUGGGAUCGAUGAAUCUCUAGCCCAAUUAUAUGAAGACGCUCUUGUUGUCAGUGGAACUUCAGCUUGCCACAUGACGAAACCAUAUGAAAAUGUAUCUCGGGAGGUUCUGAGGCCCGGGUUCACUCGCUUCUCCAUCCCCUACUUCAUGCCCGAUGAUGAGGCGGACUUUGUUCUCGAAGCCGUUUGCUUCAUCGCUGAAUACGGCUGGGCCUUCCUCCCUCUAUACACCUACGAUACCAUGACUGGUGAAUGGAAACAUCACAAGCAGGAUCAUCUGGAAGGUCGACAGUGGCUAGGUCACGUCAAGUAUGCCAAUACGGGCAUGGUUUGGCGUCGUGCUAAACCCAAAUCUCGCGGUCCUCUUCCAAAGACCCUUCAGGACUGUCUCUUAGCCGCUAAAGUAGAGUUAAAACGAGCUGUGGACUUUGUGAAGAACUCCACUGUCUCUCCAGUGCCUGAUGUGACUUCUAGUUUCGAUCAAAUAAGCCAGAAACUCCGAUGGUUUGUUCUCCCGUGUGAAGCCGCGGCGCAGAUACGUGGAGAGAUUGGUCAGUUGGCGAUUUCAACUGGCCCCUCCUCACCCUGGGUACCGGGCACUAUGGAUCCUUGUACAAAUACCUUAUUUAGUAUGGCAUCAUCGCAUUCACUUCGUUCGGAGAAGACUCUGUGCUCUUGCUCUCAAUAUGAGAUUACUCAAAGGCCUGCAAGAUCAGCAUCUCCUAAUCAAUCCACCGCCCCAAAUUCUCAUUUGAGUAAUAGUGCUCACUUAUCUUCUGAAGAAAGCUCUCAGCGAGAUUACCAACAAAAAAAUAAUAAUCAUAUCGAUGAUAAUUGCGCUACUUCAGUCCUCUGCCGUAGGUCACCAACAGUCAGUGAGGAUGACUUUGUUGGUAGUGACGAGGAAAUUGACAUUGAAGAGUUGGAAGGUGUUAUUAAGGGUCUCAAUGGACCUUACGUUCCCGCAUCAAAAACCAAAGGACUAAUUAGACCCAGUCUGCUUAUGAACAAGAAGGAUGAAAAGUCCCUAUGGAGACGUCCAAUCAAGCAGCUCUACAAGCCCUUCCUCCAAGCUAUCAAUGACUUUAAAAUGAUACAGUCCGGAGAUAAGAUCCUGGUCUGUUUAUCGGGUGGAAAGGAUAGCUUGUCGUUGUUGCAUUGCAUGCAUGCCUACCAGGAGACGUGUCGGCGACGUCCGGAUUAUCCCUUCUUUGAGAUUGGAGCAGUCACCGUUGAUCCGGGAAGUUCGGCCUUUGAUCCAAGACCCCUUAUUCCUUAUCUUGCAGAGCUUGGAGUGAAGUAUCACUAUGAGGAGCAGAAAAUCAUGGAUAAAGCAAGUGAACUUGGAGAGCAGUGCAGUAGUAUUUGUAGUUUUUGCUCAAGAAUGAAACGAGGAAGGAUCUAUGCAGCCGCUCUGAAACACGGAUACAAUGUAAUAGCACUUGGACAACAUCUGGAUGAUCUCACGGAAAGUUUCAUAAUGUCAUGCUUCCAU